AUGAAGAAGAGGAGAAAGGUUACUUCACAUCUUGACGAGAAGAUCCAUCUAGGCUACCAUAAAGAUUCCCCGGAAGGAAAUGUUGUAGAGGAGUGUGACCAAGUAACCUACACUCAUUCCACAGAAAGAGCAGCUCCUGAAGGCCUGCGCUGUUAUCAGGAACUUCCUCCCUCCCCGGAUCAGAGAAAACUUCUGAGUUCUUUGCAGUACAAUAAGAACUUGCUGAAGUAUUUGAAUGAUGACAGGCAGAAGCAACCGUCUUUCUGUGACUUACUUAUCAUAGUAGAAGGAAAAGAAUUUAGUGCCCAUAAAGUUGUCGUUGCUGUUGGCAGUAGUUAUUUCCAUGCAUGUUUGAGCAAAAAUCCGAGCACGGAUGUUGUCACCCUGGAUCACGUAACGCACUCCGUUUUUCAGCAUUUGCUUGAAUUUCUUUACACAUCAGAAUUUUUUGUGUACAAAUAUGAAAUCCCUCUUGUUUUAGAGGCUGCAAAAUUUCUGGAUAUUAUAGAUGCAGUUAAGCUGCUAAAUAACGAAAAUGUUGCCACUUUUCAGUCUGAGCUAGCUGAAAAGUCAUCACCAGAAGAAACACUAAGUGAAUUAACUGGAAGACUAUCAAGUAAUCAUCAGUGUAAAUUCUGUAGUAGACAUUUUUGUUAUAAGAAGUCUUUAGAGAAUCAUUUGUCGAAAACCCAUAGGUCUCUUUUAUUAGGGAAAAAACAUGGGUUAAAAAUGCUGGAGAGAAGUUUUUCCACAAGAAGAUCAAAACGGAAUCGAAAGUGCCCUGUUAAGUUUGACGACACCAGUGAUGAUGAGCAAGAAAGUGGUGAUGGGUCAGACAAUUUGAAUCAAGACAGUUUUGAUAAGGAAAAGUCAGAUAGAAAUGAUUCUGAGGAUCCCGGAAGUGAAUAUAAUGCUGAAGAAGAUGAGCUAGAGGAGGAAAUGUCAGAUGAAUAUUCUGACAUUGAAGAACAGAGUGAAAAAGAUCAGAAUGAUGCAGAAGAGGAGCCAGAGGCCGGUGAUUCUGUCGGAAGCAUUCAUGAGGGGUUAACCCCUGUAAUCAUUCAGAACAGUAACAAAAAAAUACUGCAGUGCCCCAAAUGUGAUAAGACAUUUGACCGCAUAGGGAAAUAUGAGAGCCACACACGUGUUCACACAGGUGAGAAGCCCUUUGAGUGUGAUAUUUGUCACCAGCGCUAUUCGACAAAGUCUAACCUAACUGUUCACAGAAAGAAGCACAGUAAUGAAACAGAAUUUCAUAAGAAGGAGCACAAGUGCCCUUAUUGUAAUAAACUUCAUGCAAGCAAGAAGACUUUAGCCAAGCAUGUUAAGAGAUUUCAUCCUGAAAAUGCACAGGAAUUUAUUUCCAUUAAGAAGACUAAGAGUGAAAGUUGGAAAUGUGAUAUUUGUAAGAAAUCUUUUACUCGAAGACCACACUUGGAGGAACAUAUGAUACUCCAUUCUCAAGACAAACCUUUUAAGUGCACAUAUUGUGAAGAACAUUUCAAAUCACGAUUUGCACGGUUAAAACAUCAAGAAAAGUUCCAUCUGGGUCCUUUCCCAUGUGAUAUAUGUGGUCGCCAGUUUAAUGACACUGGAAAUUUGAAACGCCAUAUAGAGUGUACCCAUGGUGGAAAGAGAAAAUGGACUUGCUUUAUCUGUGGAAAAUCAGUACGAGAAAGAACUACUUUGAAAGAACAUUUGAGAAUCCAUAGUGGAGAAAAGCCUCAUCUCUGUAGUAUCUGUGGACAAAGUUUUCGUCAUGGAAGCUCAUACAGACUUCACUUACGAGUACAUCAUGAUGAUAAAAGAUACGAGUGUGAUGAAUGUGGGAAAACGUUCAUUCGUCAUGAUCACCUUACGAAGCACAAGAAGAUACAUUCAGGUGAGAAGGCUCAUCAGUGUGAAGAAUGUGGAAAAUGCUUUGGUCGUAGGGAUCAUCUCACUGUCCAUUAUAAAAGUGUACACCUUGGAGAGAAGGUGUGGCAAAAAUAUAAAGCAACCUUUCAUCAAUGUGAUGUUUGUAAGAAAAUUUUUAAAGGCAAAUCAAGUCUGGAAAUGCAUUUUCGGACACAUUCAGGUGAAAAACCAUACAAGUGUCAAAUUUGCAAUCAAUCUUUUAGAAUUAAGAAAACUUUAACAAAACACCUGGUCAUUCAUUCUGAUGCCCGGCCUUUCAAUUGUCAGCACUGUAAUGCAACAUUUAAACGGAAGGACAAGCUGAAAUACCACACUGACCACGUUCACGGCAUAAAGUCUCCCGAGGACCCUCUCAGUGCUUCCGAGGAAACACUUGUAUCCUUGCCGGUAGAGUACUCAUCUGAUGACAAAAUCUUUCAAACAGAAACAAAACAAUACAUGGACCAGCCCAAAGUCUACCAGUCGGAAGCCAAGACCAUGCUACAGAAUGUGCCUGCCGAGGUGUGUGUCCCCGUGACGCUGGUCCCAGUGCAGAUGCCCGACACGCAGGGGGACCUGGUGCGCCACACCACCACCCUCCCGCCCCCCGCGCACGAGAUCUUGUCACCACAGCCGCCGGCCACCGAUUACCCUCGAGCCGCCGACCUAGCUUUUCUGGAGAAAUACACGCUUACUCCUCAGCCUGCAAAUAUAGUUCACCCAGUCCGACCCGAACAGAUGCUGGAUCCUAGAGAACAGUCAUACCUCGGAACGUUACUGGGCCUUGAUAACUCCACUGCUGUCCAAAACAUGUCUAAUAGUGAGCACCAUUCAUGA